GUUUUGGUCUAUUUCAAUGAAAAAAGUUUUAAAACUUUAAGAUGGAAGUUGCAACCCUUAGUGGUUUUGGAAAUAUGAAAAUAUUUUUCCGAUAUUUCGUUGAUUAGUUUAGUAGUUAAACUUUUGUGUUGUUUAAAUAUCGAUAAAUAAAAUGAAGGACAAAUGCGUAAUUUAGAUGUUUAGGUAAAUAUUUGCUUUAAUCAUUUAGCCUAAUUGCAAUAUGAUGCAUUAGUACGGAAUAUCCCAAAGUGCACUUCAUUUUUGGGUCGCAUGUCCUGAAUCUAUAACUAAGUAGGCAACGAUUAAUUUUCGAAUUUUCCGGCAGACAGCUGCACGUAUUUACUUAAUUCGAAACACGUUACGAGCAAAUCGCAAUAAACAGUCAAUAAAAUAAUUACCGGUUAUAAUUUAUCGCGAAAACGACGUCGCGACUCAAAGAUCCUGCAAAACGUUCGAUUGAGUCGGCAGUCGGACUUUCCGAAGUUAAUCUUAUCAAAAGCGCCACCGCACCGCAACCACUAUGAACCGCGUUCGUCGCGCCUUAUCUCCACGUUCUAAGUUCGUAAUCAAGCAAUAAUGACGCAGAUCGCGAUCUUAUCGGCAACUUUACUAGCGAUAAAUUUGAUGGUCUUGUGCUAUGGCGAUCUAAAGAGUUUCAGUGAACAUUUGGACCGCAUCGAGCGUUUCAGGUGCGCCAAGCCACAGCCCAGAAUGAUACCGUAUGAAGACUUGGCGACCGAAAGGAAUCUCACUGGAUUGAUAGUUUAUCCUUGGGCAACGGUACUGCACAGGUGCAAUUUUGCUGGUUCCUGCGACAAGAAAUCAAUCUGCCAAAAUAAGACCACCGAAUUUGUUGAUAUUACAGUCACCAUCAACUAUAGGGAGUAUUAUACAUUUAAAGCCGUAAACCAUACGUCAUGUUUCUGCGGCGCCUCAGGGAAGAUUAAGCGAUAAUUGUUUGUUGGAGUGUCGUAAGGAGUUAAGUUGCUUCAUACUAAAUAAAGAUAAAGAAUGUCUAAAAGUCUGUAUCUAUUCCCAAAGCUUCUAAAUACGGCCUCCACAAUGUAGGUUACCGGUUUGGCGAGAUGAAUCAGACCCCCUGAUUUUGAUCAAUUGUAUUAUCGGAUUGAGUAUACUAAUGCCAUGGAUAUAUCAAAGUGCUUUCUCUCACUAACAUCCUGAUGUAAUUUCGACAAAACAUCAAAACCAGUAAAGGAAUAAAAACAAGGAACAGACAAAAAAUGGAGGUUAAGUAGUCCGAUUCAAGGCACCAACAACGGUUGUUUCACGCGACGGAAAAUAGCAAUACAACAAAUUACACGGUGAUUGACAAAUAUUAUACAAUUUUAAUAAAAAUACACAUUAUUUAAUCAUUUAGAUAUAAACUUUUGCUGGGUGGCCUAUCUGCUUUUAUUUUAAUUUGGAAGUCGAAGAAAUUAAAUUCCAAGAUAUUGUAGAGUGAGAAAAUAAGAAUUUUUCAAAUCAGAAUUAAAAGCAAUUGCCUUUAUUCUGAAUUAUUUAUCCGUAAUAAGUGUUAAGUAAUUAUCUUUUUAUUUUUUAGACUACAGUAAAAAAAAGUUUUGGUUAGUUUGUGUGACAAAUAUUAAUUCAAAUAUCAAUUUAUCUGCAAAUGCAGAAAAACUGUUAGACAAUCUUUAUUGACAUGGAUAUACUGACAAUUAAAUAAAUGAAACAGUAAAGUAUGAGGUAUUUCUUAUUUUGACUGGUUUCCUUGAUAAUCUCGAGAAGAAUUUAAUUUAAGUCCAACGUGCCAACCUUUUUAAAGAUUGAAUUGCACAUGGAACUAGACAUUUAAAUGAAAGUUUAGAUUACAUCGUUAUUUACUGUGAGCUUGAAAUAAAUUUUGAUCUCUACAGUGACAAUAAUUUAGUUAAUUCAACUGAGAGUUUAGAAAGGACAGCGGAAUUUCAGCGAGAAUGUACUAUUUGAUUUAGUACGUAAUACUAUAUCAA